AUGUCGCCGUUGGAAAGGGUGACAGAGCGAAGAUCAUCACAAUCCAAAGGCGGCAGCCGCCUGUCCCAGUUCUUUUCCUCCUCCCCCAAGUCCCGGGACCAGGCGAACAUGACCGCCCAGCAGUCACUCCUCGCCAUGCAACAAUCUCCGGCCGCUGGUGGCAUCUCUGCCUCUACCCUUUCCCUUCCCAAGAUUUCGCUCUCGACUGCGACUGCCGGCGAGGCUGUCUCCGACGAGGCUACCACUCUUUUCGAGCCGCCAUCAGAUGCCGAGACCGAGCUGCAGCGCCGCAAGGAUGCGCAGUUCGGCCCUCUCCUCAGCCGCAACCACCUCUACGUCAGCCAGCACCCGGGCGGUCCGUUGGACCCGCCCGUCGUCGACGAGCCACCAUACUACUACUUUUUGGCCACGUACAUUAGUUAUCUGCUCCUGAUAGGACUUGGCCAUACACGCGAUUUCUUUGGCCGCCACUUCAAGAAGACCAAUGUGAACGCCACCGUUCGCCUUAAGAAUGGCUAUGCGCCGCUCAAUGAUGACUUUGACAACUUUUACGUUCGUCGUCUCAAGAAGCGUCUUGACGACUGCUUCGCCCGGCCCACCACUGGUGUCCCUGGCCGCUACAUUACCCUCCUCGACCGCAAGUCGGACGACUACAACGACACCUACCAGUUUACCGGCACCUUCACCGAGACUCUGAAUGUCAGCUCAUACAACUACCUGGGCUUUGCCCAGUCCGAGGGCCCCUGUGCCGACGCCGCCGAGGAGGCCGUGCGCAAGUACGGUGUCACCGCCGGUAGCUCCCGCGCUGAUUCUGGCACGAACGACUUGGCCCUGGAGGUUGAGCGCGAGAUUGCCAAGUUUGUCGGCAAGCCUGCUGCCAUGGUGUUCUCCAUGGGCUUUGUGACCAACGCGAGCUCGUUCCCAGCCCUUGUCUCCAAGGGCUGCCUGAUCCUGUCCGACGAGCUGAACCACGCUUCUAUCCGCAUUGGUGCCCGCGUGUCUGGUGCUGUCAUCCGCUCCUUCAAGCACAAUGACAUGGUAGACCUGGAACGCCACCUCCGUGAUGCCAUCUCUCAAGGCCAGCCCCGCACGCACCGCCCGUGGAAGAAGAUCCUCGUUGCCGUCGAGGGUUUGUACUCGAUGGAGGGCACCAUGGUGGACCUGCCCAAUGUUCUUGCCCUGAAGCGCAAGUACAAGUUCUUCUUGUUUGUUGAUGAGGCUCACAGUAUUGGUGCCGUCGGCCGCAACGGCCGCGGUGUCUGCGACUACUUCAAGGUGGACACCUCUGAGGUGGACAUCCUCAUGGGUACUUUCACAAAGUCCUUUGGUGCGAACGGUGGUUACGUCUCCGGUGAGAAGCACAUCAUCGAGAAGCUCAAGGCCACGAAUGCUGCGACACACUACGGCGAGGCUCCUUCGCCUGCUGUUCUGGUACAGAUCCUGUCGUCUCUGAAGAUCAUUGCCGGUGAGCUCGUCCCUGGCCAAGGUGAAGAGCGGCUGCAGCGUAUCGCCUUCAACUCCCGCUACCUUCGCCUCGGACUCAAGCGCCUCGGCUUCAUUGUCUACGGCCACGAUGAUUCGCCCAUUAUUCCUGUUGUCCUCUACAGCCCCGGCAAGAUGUCUUCCUUCAGUCGAGAAAUGCUGAAGCGGAAAAUCUCUGUCGUUAUCGUCGGUUACCCUGCCACGCCGCUUAUCAGCUCUCGUGCUCGCUUCUGUAUUUCCUCGUCUCACACCAAGGAAGACAUGGACCGCCUGUUGAUUGCCUGCGACGAGGUCGGUGACAUUUUGCAGCUCAAGUUCUCCACGGGCAUUGCCGGCGGCUUGGAGCCUCUCCCUGCUAGCGUGACCCCCGAGAUGGAACGGGAGAUGAUCAAGCAGGAAGGUUCCAAGGCUGUCAUCCGUGCGCCCCGGUGGAAGAUUGAGGACGUCCUUGCUGCUGGCGAGGAGGACGCCAAGAAGCGACUACGGUAG